AUGUUGGUGAAGGACGGUUCGGAGUUUGACGCUGCCGAUUUGGAAUCUGUUCGAUCACGGCUAAAUGAACAAUCGGAAUUGAUCAUGCUGUUGAAAGAGCAUGCCGAUCAUGAAAUGCAAGUUGCUCGUGAGUACGAGUCAAAGUUUUUGCAAGAAGAAGACCGAAAUGCGGAGCUUCAAGAAGAGAUUCAGGAACUUCGAGACAGAAAGCAGCAACAUGAAAUAACGGACCUAAGAAGACUGCUCAACACAACAACCGAAUCUAUGAACGAACAGAUUAGUCAGUUGAAUGAGCGACUGAUUUCCACAAACGCAUUUUACGAGGAAAGAAACAAACAGUGUGAGGCACUGGAACUUCAACUGAAACAGCUUCUUUUGGAGGGUGAAUUACGGAAAAAGGAACUACGUGCUGUGGAGGAAAGGCGGUCCGUCGAUUUUCAGGUACCUGUCCUUAAUUUAAAUUGGAUCUACCUUUGUUGA